GGGCAGAGCGAGCGGCGGCGGCGCGGGAGGAGGCGGGGGGCGGCGGCUGCGGCGGCGGCUGCAGCAGAGGGGCCGAGAGCUGGCGGCGGCGGUGGUCGUGAAGGGCAUCGGCGGCGGCGGCGGCGGUGAUGGCACCGACGAUCUGAAGAUGGAAAGAGCCAGGCGGAGGGGAGGCGGCGGCAGCGGCGGCGGCGGCCGCGGCCGCGGAGGCAAGAAUGUAGGGGGCUCUGGCCUAAGCAAGAGUAGACUCUAUCCCCAGGCCCAGCACUCCCACUACCCCCACUACGCCGCGGCGGCCACCCCCAAUCAGGCCGGGGGCGCGGCCGAAAUCCAGGAGCUGGCCUCCAAACGAGUGGACAUCCAGAAAAAGAGGUUUUACCUCGACGUGAAGCAGAGCUCGCGGGGCCGCUUCCUAAAGAUAGCCGAAGUGUGGAUAGGGAGAGGCCGGCAGGACAAUAUCAGGAAGAGUAAGCUGACCCUGUCCCUGUCUGUGGCCGCGGAGCUCAAGGACUGUCUGGGGGACUUCAUCGAGCACUACGCCCACCUGGGCCUCAAGGGCCACCGGCCCGAGCACGGCCACGGCAAGGAGCCGGGCUCCCGGAGGAGGCAGAAGCACGCGGCACCCUCCCCGCCCGUGUCCGUGGGGUCGGAGGAGCAUCCGCACAGUGUCCUCAAGACGGACUAUAUAGAGAGGGACAAUAGGAAGUAUUACCUGGACCUCAAGGAGAACCAGCGGGGUCGCUUCCUGAGGAUCCGGCAGACCAUGAUGCGGGGCGCUGGCAUGAUAGGCUAUUUUGGCCACAGUUUGGGCCAGGAGCAGACGAUCGUCCUCCCAGCCCAGGGGAUGAUCGAGUUCCGGGAUGCCUUGGUUCAGCUGAUCGAAGACUAUGGCGAAGGGGACAUCGAAGAACGCAGAGGUGGGGACGACGACCCGCUUGAACUCCCGGAGGGGACUUCUUUCAGAGUGGACAAUAAAAGGUUCUACUUUGAUGUGGGCUCUAAUAAAUAUGGAAUUUUCCUGAAGUCCUACAGCAUGAAGAAAUCAAUGUUGUUUCUCUGCUCACAUGAGCUGUGCCCGGUGAAUCCGCAGACGUAAAUCACCAACAUGGCCGUGCUGCUGUGACUGUUUCCUCUUCAGAAAAGCAACUGCUCAUUUCUACAGUGGACGGAGUUCCAUAGAAAAAGCAGAGGAAUUUUUUUCAAAAAAGGUCAGCCUUCUCAAGUUAAACGCUGACGUUUUAAAGAUAGGCUACCUUUUAACCAAGAAUGUUUUCCAACAGAAAACUAUUUUAAAGUGAACAAAGCUUUGCUUUCUUUUUUGUUUGGGGGCAGCACACUUUCCAAAAAAACAGUUAAAAGAACAUUUUCCCACAAUUUUACUUCCCUGUAAGUCUUACUCCGUGGUGGCCAAUCUUUCUCUCUCUGGUUUGAAAUGUUUUACUAAAUGUGAACGCAGUUUCAGAGACAGUCAUCAGUCCAGGAUAGAAAGGAAUCGAGUUUAUCAGAGGUCUGUCCUGACCAAGGAGAGACCAAAGACAAAUUCCUUGUCUAUUGUUUGCUUUGUUUCUUUGUUUUCUUUUUAAAAUAAGAUAUAUUAACCCAAAGGCGUGUUAAUGUCAUGGCAUGAACAAUCUUAAAUGUAGAGCUACUGAGUAUUUUGUGAUGCUGAGUAACAGACUUUUCUCAAAUCUCUGUGAUGCUAAAUAUUUUCCUUAGAAAGUUUUGUUUAAUGUUAGAUUGUUGUUCCAAAAGAGUGUUGGUCCUAGUGGGAUUUUUAAAAACUCAGAAAACAAAUAACCGCAUGUAUUACAAGUAUAGAAAUGGUGAAUUGUAAACUUACCGUAUAGUACUAAUUCUAUUUUCAAAAAUGUUUCACUGUUAAAUAUAUACAACAUAAAAUUGCUGCCGCACUGUAAUUGAGUACUUUUUUCCUAAACGACCCUGUUAUCACUAUUCCAGAAUUAGAAUUUGGGCAGAUACAUGAUUGACUCAUGUGUCUGCAUAGAUGCUUCAAGGUAUAUUCUUCUCUUGGUGAGUAAAAAUAUUUCUUCCUUGAUAUCAAUGCAUUGAGAUCUGAAUAUACCUGUAUCUAUUUAUUCUUAUUGCACCUUUCUUAUACAGUAUCUUCUCAUAGGCCAAAAUUGGCCUAGACACAACUAAAAAUUGAGGGUUUGUUACAUGCUUUCUAACAGAAAGGUUUUCAAUGAUAUUAAUUAUGGGUUUGUACUGUGGAAAUAGUGGAACUCCCUUUAAAAUUUCAUCUUUGCUAAAUUUAAAUUAAUAUUUUUUCUUUAGCUCACAAAUUAUCCUAAAUCCAGAGAGAAUAUCAACCCUUUUCACUGUUGCCAAACCAAGCAUAAGGAUGCUACAAAGACAGUUGAGGAAUAAGGAAUAAAUCUCUCAUGUUCCACUUCAGAAUAAAGGCAUUCGGUGAAAGGAAUGAACUGAAGUUCAUCAUGAAUGCAAGGCCUCUGUACUUGGCAUUCCUGCACGGAAGGGAAGACAAGUAUCAACAGCAUUGGCAUCAUUGUCAAACUGAUCUCAUGUGGUACCUUCUACCACACUGGAAUCCUUCUUGACUCUAUCAGGAUUUUGUCUUUUUUGUUUUUGUUUUUUAAUUCAUCCAGCCUUUCAGUUUUCAAACCACCAUUUGUCAGCAUUGAGGGAGAGAGACAUAUAGAUUUGAAAAUACUUUCUUAAGAGAUCAUGUAACUAUAUAACUCUGAAUUUUAAAAAUUGAGGGGGGAGGGAUAAUUUCAACCCACUCUCUCUUACAAGAAUCAUUUUUUAAAAUCUGUAACUGCUUUAGUGUUAACAGGGUACAAGGUGUUUUUUGUCCUGUAUUGUACUUAAAAGGUUCUCAUUGAUUGUGAUUGUAUUGUACUGUAUGAAAAGAAAUCAUAAAUUGCCUUGUAUUGCUCAGAAUAGACCAUACCACAUACCACUUCUGUUCUCAUGUUCCAAGUUUUUUGGUGAUGCAUGUUAACAGUUAGGUCCUAAAAUUCUGUGGUGCUAAUUCUUCCAUAUCCGAUGGUGCUUUUGUGGAUGCUAACUGCACACAUGCUGAACAAGGCUUGAAGUUCAAAACUUUCCUCCCUUCUUCUGUUUAUAUGAAGUAAAAUAAAAUAACUUGAAUUUGUCUCAAAGUA